AUGUUGCACCCUUUGAAGAUCGCCUUUUUUGCAAAAACCGACUGCCAAGUUCAAUUCGAUAGGGAGGGCAUCCUCUUUGUCAACCGCAAGGACGGUCGAGCCACCGGUGACGCAUUUGUCAUGUUUGCAACAGACGCGGCAGCGGAAAGAGCCCUCAAAAAUCACCGUCAGCACAUUGGAAACCGAUAUAUUGAAUUGUUUAGGUCCACACCUGCUGAGGUCAAUCAGGUCAUGAAUGCGGUUCUGAAGCAGUCAACGGAUAUCUUCCCCCGGGUCUGGCCUUCAGCAUACGACCAAGAUUCAUUCCUUUCACAGACUGGACCUCUCUUAGAAAUUCAGAAUCCAUCCGUGUUUACAAGUGCUCCAAAAGGCCUACUUAUACCAAGUCCCACUUUCACAAUGCCUCUACUGAAUAUCCCACCAAUGGCUUUGACCACAUUAACUUCUCUUGGUGGUUUUCCGCCAGAAGCUUCAAAUCUAUGGGCGAGUCAUCUGAUGAGAAUGAAAGGCAUGCCUCCGGGAACAACAGUCAAUGACAUCUUGAACUUUUUGGGCGUCUACUGGCAGGCCGUCAAUCUGCAUGGAAUCCAUCUAAUCUAUACUGCUACGGGCGAGCCAUCUGGAGAAGCCUUCGUGCGCUUUAUAUCAGAGCAGGCUGUUCAAAUGGUGAUGGCGAACAAGCAGGGUCACGCCAUCACCAACACCGCAACAGGUGCUCAAACAAAAGUUGAACUUUCGCGUGCGACGUCAGCGGAGAUUUUAGACUUCGUCAGCUACCCGGUCUCGCAGCCAACCUUGAAUUGGAGCAAUAGCGCCGGCUUCGGUGCCCCCGUGAAUUCCUACCACCUCUUUCCUGGCUCUGCUGCCCUCUGCACACCUCUUUUGAUGCAACUGCAAGGCGUCACUCCUUCCACUGCACCAGAAGUAUUCACGAGCAUUCAAAAAGCCGGCUUUACAUUAGCCGCACCUCAGACUACCUCUACCAUCAACGUCGACACGGAUAUUCUCUGUCAGUCAGGCAUUCGAGCAGGAUACGUGUUGCAACGCCGAGAAAGGAGCGUUAACAUGUCGAAUUCCAAUUUUUAG